AUGACCUUCUUUGACACCAAGCCAGGUGUCGGUGAUUGUUGCUUGGCCGGACUGGUCAGUGGGUCACAAGGUCCACUCACGUCGCAUCUUAUGGUCGGGCCAAAAUUCUCGUUUGAGAUGGUGGUUUCGUUCGUCCUCGCCCACGAUGAGACUCGACGGCACGGCAACGGGAUGUGGACGGCGGUGUCAGCUGCACCGUUACACGAGGUCGACGAUGACAGAUGUUUAAUUUAG